UGGGUGGCCUGCACCGGUUCCCUGCGGAGAGGAAGGUGGUCAGCAGAGCCUGGGCCAGGAAGGAAGCGGAGUCAAGGCAGCACUAUGGAGGGAGAGCAGCUUUCCACCUGGGUGUGACACCUUCCAUCAUCCGUAAGAGAUACAACAUGACAGCAGAAGACAUUGGGCUGCUGCCCAACAACAGCCAGGCCUGUGCCCAGUUCUUGGAACAGUAUUUCCACCAGGCUGACCUGGCUGAGUUCAUGAAGCUCUUUGGCAGCAGCUUUGGCCACCGCUCUCAGGUUGACCGAGUGAUUGGGCACCAGGGCAAGGGCAAGGCUGGGCUGGAAGCCAGUCUGGACGUGGAAUACAUCAUGAGCACAGGUGCCAACAUCUCCACCUGGGUCUUCAGCAAUGCAGGGAGACAUGAGAGCCAGGAGCCCUUCCUGGCGUGGCUGCUGCUGCUCAGCAACAUGUCCUCGCUGCCUUGGGUGCACUCGGUGAGCUACGGGGACGACGAGGACAGCCUGUCCCUGGCCUACAUGGAGCGUGUGAACGUGGAGUUCAUGAAGGCAGCUGCCCGGGGCUUGACCAUCCUGUUUGCUUCAGGUGACGACGGUGCUGGGUGCAGAAGGGAGCCUGGUAGGAACCACACUUUCCGGCCCAGCUUUCCAGCCUCAAG